AGUGGAAGAGCAACCUCGGAAACUCGAACAUGUGAUCAAAGUGGCACAUGCUUGCCUAAAUCCCCAAGAACCACCUCUAGACACAAAGAGUAAUCAAGCAAGGAUCUGGCACAGACUUCCUAUUUCAUGGCUACCAACAGGUUGUUAUCCUGCCCCUCCUUUGUUGCACUUUGACUGCACACCAUAGCUUCCUGUAAUGCAGGGUACCCUUUCAGUGUCCAACGGGCCCUACUUGCGCUGGUGGUUAUUGGGAUGCUUGCCUCCUCCCCUCAGCUCCCCUCCCUUGUUCAAAGCGAGCGGGACAGGGUGGCUUGUAGCGUUACCGGCCCCAGUUGCAGUGCGGUGUAUUGUACAAGGGACCACGUGUUGGCACAGAUGGGUUGAAUGCAAGGUGUGGAGUGUAGUGGUGCGCUUGAAACCCACAUGUUUGUUCGGUUGCGAAAAGUGCAUAAUUCUAAAAGAAAAAGACACUUUGGUAGCCUGAAUAGCAGCUAAAGAUUUCACAGAUGUAAACAUUUCUCGUAGAGGUCUUUCCGGUAAGUACCGCAAAUACACUUUUUAAAUGUUCUUUUUCAUAUCCAUUUGUUCAAAAUGCAUCUCCUCAAAUAUUUAUCUUUUUUUUUUAUUAAAUGUUUUUAAAUGCACAUUCUCUGGUUUUUCUAAAACAUUCUUUCGUACAUGUAGUAAAACAUGCCCCAACAAAACAUAAUUGCGACCCAUUAAGGACCUGAGUAUAUGUAAUACUAUAACUAAUGUAAUGAGUAGAACUAUUUGAUGAUCUCUCAUACUAAUUAAAAUGCAUUUGGUAAUUAUGAUUUUAUUUUUUUAUUUUUUCUAAAGCAAGGACAAAACGUUCAUUUCGACAUGUCUUAGUAGGGAAACUGGGUCCUUAAAGGGUUUGUUAAUAUUCAACGGUGGUGGAAAGGAAUUCACAUUAAUGUAAUUAACUUCAAAUCAGUUGACAAUGUCUGGAUGCUGUCUGUGACCGGUGUUUGAAGUUUUGCACUGAGCUGGCACUUAAUAGAAGUGCAAGCCGUAGCCAAUGCCAGUUCUUAAAAUAGCCCAAUACUCUUUACGGAUUGAUUUUAUUUGAACUCAGUCAAGAAGACUCAUUCCUAAUGUUUUUAAGGGUUUAAGGUGUACAAAUCCGUCUGAGGUGGGGUUUUAAACGUCAUUGGCCAAAUGCCUGUGAACGUUGGCUGUGACUGAUAGCUUUGUUUAAGGCUGCUGUAAUCUGACAGACCAGACUCCAGACAUUGUACUUGUCUCCCAGUACAAGGUUACCAGCCAGCUCUAACCAAAAGUGUUUUAAAAUGCAGCGCUGCAAUUUUUUUUUUUUUAAUACAGCUUCAUGCUGAGGCAUUUCAGUUGAAUCUAGCUAUGUCAUGGGCUAGGUUUUUAUUAAGAAUCUUUACUUUCAUGCAGUGGGAUUACAAUAGUAUAUUCAUGGCUCAAGUGUCUGAUAAAUGAUUGUGGGGAACCUACUUUCAUUCUAAAAAAAAAAAAAAAAACCUUGGCGCUUUUGCGAUAUUACUGCUUGGUUCACCAUGAGUGAGCUAACAAAGAACCAAAGCCUUUAGUGGUGCAGUAGUGGUUUUUGUAUACAUUUUAGCUUUAAAAUAAAUGGUGGCCAUUCAUCUAAUUUUAUGUUACUGUUGAUUUGAAUAUGUUGUUCUGCUUGCAUUACUGUUGCACUUAUGAUUUUUACCCUUGAGUCAUAGGUCAGAUUAGUUACGAUAUUUCAAUUUCGGAAUGCUUUGUGUUGAGACCAUGCGUUCACUGUCAGCGCUGGCGCCCCGUCGUAUCCAUUGAUGUGGAGGGCCCACUAGGUUCAUCCCUUUUUAACACUGUCCCAGAGACCCAUACAGAGGGUUGUAGGAGCAGCCCCUCGUCAGUUAACUGUACAAUGAUGUUAACUGUCACAUGGCUGGCCUCGGGGUUUCACAAUGGGCUGACUGCACUUAACUACUACACAUGGCCCCCCUCCCCACUGCCCUCGCUUUGGUUUUCGUGUCUUAGCAUUCAAACCAGCCAGUUUCCUUGAAACAUAAAUUAUUGUUGGAUGACACAAUUGGAUGCUUACUUUUUUAAGCACACUGGGAAUUAUGUCCUCCCAUGAAUCAUGAAGUUAUUAGAGACCUGUAUUGUAUCACCUGUAUUGUGACCUGGGUUUGACAUGUUACAUUAUCAGACAGAGUUCAAUGUAUCAACACAAUCAAAUAAUUGCUUAUCUUUAGCAACCAAUCCCUACAGUAAAUUAAAACGGUCUGCUCCCUCUUGUGUUUUUUCUCUCUUUUCUGCAUAUGUUGGACCAAUCGGGACGACGCCUGGCCUGAAUCAACUCACUCACAUUCCUAUAUCGUCACAUGCGAAACAUUCACUCUUUCUUGCACACACUCAUCACUUGCACAUACCCUCUCUCACACACACACACACACACACACACACACACACACACACACUAUGCAGUCUACACCUCACUACCUUCUGCCUCCAGUACAAGCCCACAGUGAUCUCCUGUGUGUGCAUCCACCUGGCGUGUAAGUGGUCCAACUGGGAGAUCCCAGUGUCCACUGAUGGGAAACACUGGUGGGAGUACGUGGACGACUCUGUCACCCUCGAGCUGCUUGAUGAGUUGACCCACGAGUUUCUGCAGAUUCUGGAGAAAACACCCAGUCGGUUGAAGAGAAUACGAAACUGGAGGGCGACACAAGCUGCCAAAAAGCCCAAGGGUGACAGCACUCAGUCGGCUGACAACUCCUUUGCUGGGCCUUCCAUGCUCCAAGAUCAUGGUGAUGCUUCCUCCAACCCAAGUUUUUCCAAAGCAGGCGGUCCCUUUACCGUGCCCAUGCCUGGCCAAUCCGGAGGCGCACCCCUGUCGUUGGACGCCUUGGCUGGCACGUACAACCCAGCUAGCCACAGUGAGUGGCCCCUGGGCAACCAGAGCCAAACAGGGUACCCUUCCACCUGUAUGAAACAGGAACCCCUUAGCAUCCCUUCCACCUGUAUAAAACAGGAGCCCCUCAGCAUCCCUAUCCAAGAGCCGACUCUGUCCUUGCAGACCUCCACUUCCUCUUUGCUUCAGCAUCUGCCGGUAUGCAAGACUGAGAAAACACUAGACUUCAUCCCCGUCAUCAAACAGGAACAAAAAGGACCCGUUGGGAGCGGAGUGGGCAAGCAUCAGCCACCAGCUCAGUCCGCCUACCCCCCACCAGCUCAGCCUCCUCCACCACAGCCGUCACCCGCUCAGAAGCUGUCUCUGGACAAAUACAGAGAGAAACAUGCCGCAGAGAUGGCUGUCUCUGGGCAGAAACGAGGUCAGGAACCGCAUGGUGGAAACAUGGAUUGUGAUGCGAGGGGGGAUAUGUUAUCCUUCUCCUCUUCCACCUAUGCACCAUCCUCUGCGAGCCAAGCGGACUAUAGAAAACAUUCACUGCCCCACCAAACCUCCCACGGUGGUGUCGGGAGCACUACUGCCUCCCCAAUGAAAAUGAAAGUCCCCUCCUCCUCAACUUCAGGCCAAGAUAGACGUCACCACGGCGACAAACGGGACAAAGGCUCGCUUAAACUGCGCCUGGCCGUUCCUGGGUCUGGCAGCAGCUCCCAGCUGGACAAAAGUGGACAGCCAAGCAAAGAUGAGCUCAAGAUGAAGAUAAAAGUCUCAUCGUCCGAGCGCCACAGCUCGUCGGAUGAAGGCAUGGCGGCCAACAACAACAAGAGCAAACAUUCCAGCCCUCUGGCGAGCAAGGAGAAACAACAUCGUGGAGCGGACCACAACCUCCAUCGCCACCACAAGCACAGUCACCCCCAUCCACACACGCACAGCGGGAACGGCGGCGGCAGCCUGCUCCGCGGUCCUCCAGGACUGGUCAGCGUGGAAGGGACUCCGCUCGCUCCUCCCGGAUCCACCUCUUUGUCUUCUUCGCGCAAGAGGGCGUACCCCGAGGCAAGCCACAACCACCACCCACCAUCCUCCUUCUCCACUUCAUGCUCCAAAGUGAGCAAAAUCUCCAAGGGUGGCUCUGGUGCUGCAGGUGGGCUGCGGACCUCUCAGCAGUACCCUCCUCCUAGCGAAUCGCCACAUGAAGUAGGAGAGCAGAGACACUGAGUCUACCGCUCUGCAGCCAUGGACAACCCCCGGGGAAAUGGCAACAAACUACCCACACCUCAGACUUUGAAGACUAUGCUCAUCUCCCUGUUAAGUGCCCUAGGAAAAUAACUCAUUAUGUCAUGAUAAACCCUUUACUGAAAGGCAGAACAACUUAUCUGCAAAAAAAAAAAAAAUAAGAGAAAAAGAUCAGUAUUGUUGGACUUCUCAAUUUUUGAGAGAUAAGAAAGAUGAAUAAGAAAUUAUGCUUCCUGACUGUCGGAUCUCUGGGCUGUGAUGCUCAGUCCUGUCUUUCUGUUAGUGUGUUGAAUUGCUGCUUGGUUCUCCUUCCUCCUCAAAUGAGUCUAGAAAUGUGCAAAGGUGUGUGUGUGUGUGCGUGCGUGUGUGUGUGUGUGUGUGUGUGUGUGUGUGUGCGUGGCGUGCGUGUGUGUUUUCAUCGCAGGGAAAGUCCUUCCCACAUUUCAGAUCUCCAUAUGGGAAAACAAAAGUAUAACAAGUACUAUGAGAGGCAUGGAAGGUGCACCUACUUCAUUUUCUUCCUCAAAUUUUUUUUUUUUUAACGAGUAAUUUAAUUUAAUCACAUUUCUGCGGUUGUAUGGAGGAAGCCAGUGGCCAGCUGGAGAUGAGUUCAAGUUAUGUUUGCUGGCGUUCCAUUUAGUACUCUUGAUGGAUGCAAAACAUUUUUUUUUAGAUGUAAAGUUUCAUCUCCUCAAUUUCUUUGUCUUGAUUUCUUUUUAUACUUAAGUACUGUGCAUAUGAUAUGCAUGUUUCAAUCAUCAAUGGGAUUUAAAAGGAGAACGCGUACUUGCUGUUUACAGAAAGUGGAGAUACAUGUACAUACGUUUUUGUAUGUUUAAAGAUUAAAAAAAAAAGCUAUACCAUGACUACUCAGGUUUAGAGCUGCUUGUAAGUAUAACUAUAAUACCUAGAAAAGACUUAUUUUGUUGAUCAAUGGAUUGGGCGUCAUCUGGUGAAUGAUUCCAGUGGUGUGUGCUUCUUACCUUCCUACAGGGGGUGCUGUACUGUGCUUUUUCAUCACAGGGGAUAUCAGUUGAAGCCCUCAGUAACACAGGCAACAUCCAACACCUACUUACCACAUCAGAGCGAUGCAAUUUGUACCAAAAAUAUAAUUUUUUUUUUUUUUUUUUUGGACCUAUAAGUAAACCUUAAGCUGGAUGCCAAAGGUUGUGCCUCAAAAAGAAACGGUAGUAGUGUGCUAUUAAAAUUGACAUAACCCUUUUUUUCUUUGAAAUGCAUCAGACAUAAUUUCAUGACAUGAAGCUGUGUCCCUUAGAUGUCAGCCCGAUACAUGUAAGUAUUAUUCAAUCCGCCAUUAACAUUGUACGAUGUAUAGGAAAAAAAAAUAAAACAUUAUGGCUCGUUUCCAUCCCAGCAAAAGUUGUCAGAAGAGUGACCAAUUGUCCAAAUGCAACAUGACCUGUUGGAUAUUUUGUCACUGAUGUCCUCAUCCAAUUGGUUGAAUUUACAUUUGCAGCCAUGUACCUGUCCGGACACGUCUUCACAUGAUUUUCAUACAUUAAACGCUAUAUUGUUCUCAAAUCUUGA